AUGCCUAGAGGCGGAACUGGAGCUGGAGGCGGCGGAGGAGGUGGGGACCCUCUUGUUCUUGGACGAAUCAUAGGGGAUGUGUUAGAUCCCUUCGACAAUUCGGUUCCUCUGAGAGUGUCGUACGCUAAUCGAGAUAUCUACAAUGGCUGUGAUCUCAGACCCUCCCAUGUUGUCGCCCAGCCACGAGUCACUAUUGGUGGACACGACCUCAGAAACUUCUACACCCUAGUCAUGAUAGACGUUGAUGCCCCCAGCCCAAGUGACCCAAAUUUGAGGGAAUAUCUUCAUUGGUUAGUGACUGAUAUUCCGGCAACUACUGGCACCAGUUUCGGUCAAGAGGUGAUACCGUACGAAAGUCCGCGACCAGUGAUGGGGAUUCACAGGAUUGUGUUUGUGUUAUAUCAGCAGCUGGGGAGGGAGACGGUGUAUGCUCCGGCAUGGCGCCUGAACUUCAAUAACAGACAAUUUUCUCAACUUUACAAUCUCGGCUCUCCCGUUGCAGCCCUCUAUUUCAACUGUCAGAGGGAGACUGGCACUGGUGGACGAAGACUGACUUAA